UCUUCUCCAUGAAAACCCUAGAAAAUCAUCAAUUGGAUUUUGAAUUUUUGAAUCCUUGAUUAAAAAUGAAAAAUGAAAUUUAGGGAUUUAAAAUUCAUUUCAGAAAUCAAUAAGAAAGGAACCAAAAUUGGCUUUCUUUGAUUUGAAUGAAACCCUGUUUAAUCGAAUGGAGAUGUAUAAUUUGCAAAUCAAAAGCCAUCAAAAUUAGGUCAUUUCAAAGAAUUUAAGUGAGUGGUUGGUAUUUUUGAGUUAAAAGAUGGCACUGCAAGAAUCACUAACAAGAUUCAAACAGCAACAAGAAAAAUGCCAAUCAACUCUAUCCAGUAUCAAUAACGCUCGAGCAGCGGCAGGAUCAGGAUCAUCAUCCAGGUCUGCACCACAUCAUAAAUCUGUACCUAUUGCAACAACAUCUUCAAUUGCUGCCAAGGCACCUGCAGUAAAGUUUUCUAAUGAUACAGAAAGGCUUCAACAUAUCAAUAGUAUCCGGAAAGCUCCGAUUGGAGCUCAAAUGAAACGUGUUAUAGCCAUUCUGUAUGAGACAAGGGAAGCCUUUACGGCAGAGCAGAUUAAUGAAGUAUGUUACGUUGAUGCAGAUAAUAAUAGGGAAGUCUUCAGUGGUUUAACAAACAACCCGAAAGUGUUCUACGAUGGGAAGCGCUUCUCUUACAAGGCCACUCAUGAUCUCAAAAACAAAAAAGAACUGCUUCACUUGAUUCGGAAGUUUCCAGAAGGUAAGAACGUUAUCGACCUAAAGGAUGCAUACCCAACUGUCCUAGAUGACGUACAGGCUCUGAAGGCUUCUGGCGACGUUUGGUUGCUAUCAAAUUUUGAUUCUCAAGAAGAUGUUGUUUUCCCGAAUGAUCCUAAGAUAACAAUCAAAGUGGAUGACGACCUAAAGGUAUUAUUCCGAGGGAUUGAGCUUCCGCGUGAUAUGAUUGAUAUUGAGAAAGAUCUUCAGAAGAAUGGAAUGAAGCCUGCAACAAAUACAGCAAAGAGGAGAGCGAUGGCCCAGGUUCAUGGUAUUAACCCCAAGCCAAAGGCCAAGAAGAAAACACGCGACAUUAGCAAAAGGACCAAGCUUACAAAUGCCCAUCUCCCAGAGCUUUUCAAGAACAUUCCAUAAUCUGGAAAAACCCCAAACUCCAACGAGUUCUGAGAAAAUACUAAUUUUCUGUCUGUUUGUAUAAACUUUGGGUGUUUAAACUGGUUACUAUAUAUUGCUUUGAAAGAAAGUUAUGUAUCAGAUAGUUUGUGUGAACAAAUUCGUGAAAAACUGCUGCUGCAAAGAAAUGUAUGCAUGCUCCUGUAUUUUUUCCUUGAAUUAAACGUUCAUGUACUUCAACUAAGAUUUAGGAAUUCAAAUCUAUAAUUUUCACCAUAUGUAAUGCUUUAUAGCAUGUGAGUGUAUUCUGUAAUGCCAGUAACUGGUCUGUAUUGAUGUUCAACAGAAAUUCUUUCCGAA